AUGUCUACGAUCCCUCCUUGGCUACGAGACAAUUUCUCUCUGUGGCCCACCUUUCUAAACGAAGUGGAGCAGGUAGUUCUUUUGAGGGCUGCUCUACGGAAGCUCGACGACAAUGAAAGCAGGACUAUGCGUCGUCGGCGCCGGGACUAUCUAGCUGCACAUCAGGAAACAGCCCCACGAUUGCCCAGUCUAGGCACUCCGAUCACCAAAGUAUUCCUUCCCGAUGAGUACUACCAAUUUGAGGAAGGGCACUUCGACGGGGUCAUUAAAAGAUACCGUGAAAUACAUGUCUCAUCGUGGGGCGUGAAUCAGCCAGAACCGCCUCUCGUGUCUGUGCUUGAUCGUCUACAUGGGCUUCAUCCAAGCGGGAGUGCCACUCAAACCCAUGUCCUUCACCUGGCAUCUGACGGCGAAAUCCUGCCCCAUAUCGAUAAUACAGAGGCCAGUGGCUCCUGGAUCAUGGGCGUUAGCUUAGGCGACGAACGGAUCCUUCGCGUGGCGCCAGAUGAGAAAUACACUGCAACUGAGCCUUUCGAAAUUGCAUUACCGUCAGGUAGUGUGUAUCUACAGAAAGAUUCUGUGCGAUAUCGUAGCAAACAUUCUAUUUUGCCUGCUACAAACCGAAACCAAGAUGGGACGAAUACUCAACGAUUGAGCGUAAUGAUCCGAGUGAGUUACGGGGUCUACCAUUACUAG